AUGAAAGAUUGUAAGCAUCAGCGUUAUAGAAUGCGCACCCGAAAGGACGAUGUUGGGAGUACCCGUGUCACACAAGUACAGGAACGGAUCCGAAGCCCCGGACAGCGUCGACGAUCACAAUUCAAAGAUGCCGUUCUAUACGCCAACCCUGUUGCAGACAAGGUGGACUGGACACGUAGUGGGUAUGAACGGCAACUGAUUGCCAAUGACCGUUAG